CCUGCGACCAUGGCUCCACACGACCCGCGCAUCUCGGACAAGGAGGCCUUUGCCCUCAACGCUGCCGCAGCCGUCCGCAAGUACGAGGUCAACCCGCGCCUCGACUACCGCACCGUCUCGGCCGUCAAUGGUCCUCUCGUCGUGCUCGACAACGUCAAGUUCCCCGCCUACAACGAGAUUGUCCAGCUCACGCUCCCGGACGGCACGGUCCGCGGCGGCCAGGUCCUCGAGGUGUCGGGCCGCAAGGCCAUCGUCCAGGUCUUCGAGGGCACGUCGGGCAUCGACGUCAACGCGACCCACGUCGAGUUCACCGGCAGCAGCAUGAAGCUCCCUGUCUCGGAGGACAUGCUCGGCCGCAUCUUCAACGGCUCGGGCAACCCCAUCGACAAGGGCCCCAAGGUCUUUGCCGAGGAGUACCUCGACAUCAACGGCUCGCCCAUCAACCCGUACUCGCGCAUCUAUCCCGAGGAGAUGAUCCAGACCGGCAUCUCGACCAUCGACACGAUGAACUCGAUCGCUCGCGGCCAAAAGAUCCCCAUCUUCUCGGCGUCGGGUCUUCCUCACAACGAGAUCGCUGCCCAGAUCUGUCGGCAAGCCGGCCUCGUCAACAAGCAGUCGACCGAGCGCAACCCGGAGGCGGCGCCGACCAAGGGCGUCCACGACGGCCACGAGGACAACUUCUCGAUCGUGUUUGCGGCCAUGGGCGUCAACAUGGAGACGGCGCGCUUCUUCCGCCAGGAUUUCGAGGAGAACGGCUCGCUCGACCGCGUCUCGCUCUUCCUCAACUUGGCCAACGACCCGACCAUCGAGCGCAUCAUCACGCCCCGUCUCGCGCUCACGACCGCCGAGUACUUUGCGUACCAGCUCGAGAAGCACGUCCUCGUCAUCCUCACCGACAUGUCGUCGUACGCCGACGCCCUGCGCGAGGUGUCUGCUGCCCGUGAGGAGGUGCCCGGUCGUCGCGGAUACCCGGGCUACAUGUACACCGACUUGUCGACCAUCUACGAGCGCGCCGGUCGCGUCGAGGGCCGCAACGGCUCGAUCACCCAGAUCCCCAUCCUCACCAUGCCCAACGACGACAUCACGCACCCGAUUCCCGACUUGACGGGCUACAUCACCGAGGGCCAGAUCUUUGUCGACCGCCAGCUGCACAACAAGCAGAUCUACCCGCCGAUCAACGUCCUGCCGUCGCUCUCGCGGUUGAUGAAGUCGGCGAUCGGCGAGAAGCUCACGAGGAAGGACCACGGCGACGUGUCCAACCAGAUGUACUCGAUGUAUGCCAUCGGCAAGGACGCAGCGGCAAUGAAGGCUGUCGUCGGCGAGGAGGCGCUCAGCACCGAGGAGAAGCUCGCGCUCGAGUUCCUCGGUCGGUUCGAGAACGAGUUUGUCAAGCAGGGCAUCAGCGAGAACCGGACCAUCUUCGAGUCGCUCGACUUGGCGUGGUCGCUCCUCAGGCUCUUCCCGCGCGAGCAACUGAACCGCAUCCCGAAGAAGGUGCUCGACGAGUUCUACUCGCGCAAGGCGAGCGUCGGCAGCCAGCUCAAGCGCCCCGAGUAAAUCGCAUUCGCUGUCAGUCUCUCGUCGUCGCUCGCCCCCCUCGAAUCCGACCCUCGACUCGCACCAUGUCCGCCUCGCGUCCCCCUACACUUUGCUGCCCCUUUCUCUCUCUCGUCUCUCUUCUGUGCAACGCUGUGUGUGUCCCUCUC